AUGUCUACUCAAGUGUCAGAAAGCCACGAAAAGAAGAUGAUGCAGCAAAUACAUAAUGUUGUGGUGAGCAACGGCGGAAUGGCAGUCCUUGGAAGCAAUCGCAACGUCACUAUCGGCAAACCGGAUGUGCAAUUGAAUAGCAAGGUCAACAAGUGUCGUGAAACUCUCUUUGUUACUCUGCCAGACAUCGAUAGAGAGACUCUUGCGAGUUCCAAGGGUCAGAGGACCCCAGGGACUUGUGAAUGGGUCUGUCACAAUCCUGCCUACCAAGCAUGGUUUGCCAAGGAGUCACCACUUCUCUGGAUAUCAGGGGGACCUGGCAAAGGGAAGACCGUCUUGUCGCUCUUCCUUACCGAACAAAUCAAAUUGUUCUGUGAAGAAUCAGGAAGCCGAUUACUUUAUUUCUUCUGCCGCUUUCAGCAUGAACAGUACAACAGUCCAACAAAACUGUUAAGGAGUCUUGCCUAUCAACUCCUCGAGUUCAGCAUUGACGGGCCUCAGAUAUCAGAAGUCUUCAACUUAGAGUGUCUCUGGAAGAUCUUCGAGAUUCUAUUGUCCCAGCCUCAUCUCCCCACAGUUUACUGUAUCAUCGACGGAAUUGAUGAAUGUCAUUCCUGCGAUAUCUUGAUGGAGAAGUUCGAGAGCCUUUGCAAAUCCCGUUCUGAAGGACCACUGGCUCUGGCUAUCAUUGGCCGAGAUGUUGAUGUACUAGGGCGAAGCUCUUACCAUUUCACUGCAUCGAGUCAAGCUAAUGUAUCUGGCUCCCAACUCAGUGAGCCUUUUCGUGAUAUACGGCUUGAUCCAGACAACGAAGAGAGUGUCAACAGCGACAUUGCCAAAUUCACGCGCUCAAGGUUGGAGCCAUUGACCAUCAUUGAUGGGUUCAAUGAUAUUCGCAUGGAUGUGGAGAAAACAUUGAUUAAAAAGGCUGACGGGACCUUCCUCUGGAUCAGCUUUGUGAUUCAUGAGCUUUGCAACAAGCGAACAUGUCUUCAGAUUCAAGAGAUAAUCAGAGACUUGCCAGAAGAUCUCCACCCUAUCUUUGGGAGGAUGCUUCAUCAGAUCGAUCCUAAAUACCGCCAAAGCACUAUAUCUAUCCUGACAUGGGUAGCUAUGACGGAGAGGCCUCUUACCAUCGCAGAACUUGCCAGCGCCAUAGAAUCUGAUCUUGCAAUAUUGGGUGGCGGAGACGCGCAGACAAUUGAGUUCCUUCUGAGCAACGAUUUCGAACCUUGGGACAUUGGAGACCAUAAUGAGGCGUUGGAGAUCGCGGCAAAUACAGGGCAAGAAGCGGCCGUUAAACUUCUUCUCGACCUACCCGCCACGGCGUUCGACUCUGAAAGCAAGGGAAGAUCCCUACUAGCAUCGGCAUACAGCGGCCAUAAGACUAUUGUGAAACUACUUCUCGAUAAUGGUGCGCAUAUCGACUAUACGACUGUUGGAAAAAUGACAGCUUUGGCUCGAGCAGUGAGAGCAGGGCAAAUCACUGUCGUACAGCUUUUACUUGAUCGAGGCGCUGAUAUUGAUACACGAAACCCUCUUCACGAAACAGCUUUGAUAAUGGCGGCUGGCAGAGGCCACUCUGCUGUGGUAGAACUGCUUCUCGCCCGAGGCGCUGACAGUGGAGCCUCAGACUACUAUGGCGACACAGCUUUAACUAAAGCAGCUGGAGGAGGCCAUUUCGAGACUGCUCAGAUACUGCUCCGCAAUGGUGCACCUGUAGAUUCCCAGGGUGCGGAGGUUCUGACGCCUUUGAUCAAGGCUGCACACUCAGGCCAUUUGGAUAUGGUUGAGUUGCUCCUUGACUGCGGUGCUGAAAAAGAGACUAUCAGGGGAGGUCAUGGAACACCGCUCAUCGAAGCAGCUGCAGAAGGUCAUGUUCAGCACAGGCUUAAUGGUACAGCCCUGGGAAGUGCUGCGUAUUUUGGUGAGUUGGCUGCAAUGCAGCUGCUCAUUGACCGAGGGACGGAAGUCAACAUGAAAAAUACUUUUGGCAAGACGGCUUUGAUCUGCGCUGCGAUGCAGAAACAGCCAGCCGCUGUGGAUCUCUUGUUGCAGAACAAGGCUGAGGUUGAUGCCAUCGAUGAAGGUGGCUGUACGGCAUUACUGGAGGCGGCAAAGAAUGGCGACCUUGAUAUUGUUUAUGCACUGUUAAGCAAAGGCGCUGAUCCCAAUCGGAGAAGCAAUUCGGGCGGCAUUGCAAUAAUAGAAGCAUUGAUGGUGGCUGGAGCUUCUGGGUUAGAGGUUGGGAGUCAGCUGGUCCAGAGAAAGACAGCCGCUGUAUGUUUGCUAGACCAUGGAGCUGACGUCAACCUCUACGGUAGAUUUUGUCACCGGGGCUUGGGGAAAUUGGACGCACCCCCACUGAUACAUGCAGCCAGCAACGGUUGGGAAUGGGCAGUUCAGCUGUUGCUUGAACGUGGUGCUGACUGUAAUCUACGAGCAGUCGCCAUACAGUCGGAGCCGGAGCCGAAGCCGGAGCCGGAGCUCGAGAUACGAAUGCAGCCUGUCACGAAUCCUAAGCAGAAGCGUUGGAAGUCAUCUUCACUCUGGAAACAUAGGAAGAGAUAA